CAUGCGUUAGGGAAUCCUGUUGGGACAACUCAGCACUCAGUCCUGAAAAGUUGGGGGGUUGCUCCGAUAAAUCCCUUGUGAAUUCUGAUUCCUCGAAUAAACAUCCAAUGGCUUUUAUGCAGUGAUUUCAAGGAAACUGUCGGAUCAUCAUCCUUUCUGAACUUUCAGUUUGCGCAUGGAGUUUUACGUUAAUUAGUUGCCUUCUCAGUAAUAGUCUGGAAUAUAUCUGCAUGAUUUAUUAUGCAAAAGACGCCUUUAUUUGCACUUGGCAAUCGAAAAAUUGAGUCUGAAAGGAAAUUUUUCUUCAAAAUUCCAGGGUGAUAUCUAUUUUUUACCACUUUCUGAUAUACACAGCUAAGAGAUUUCUCAGAAAACUGUAGUUAUAUAGUUUGUUUUUUAUUUCACAAAAUAGUCAGUUGUGUUUAAAAAACUGCUAAGCUUAUUAUUUAGCAUUCCUUAGCUUCUAGAUGCACGUGUCAUAACUUGCUCAAAGAAAAGGAUGCGGCAGUUUAGUUGUAUUUAAUACCUUAAUCUAUUUUUGCGAAAUAAAGAAAUAUGUCUCAGGACGUUAAUUCUGAAUACCAGGCUCCUAAUGAACUUCAGCCAGGAACUAUUCCAUCAUCUGAUAAAGUUGGUGGCUCUCAAAUUGAACUAGGAAGUGCAUUAAGAGGGUUUUCCUCUGUAGCGACAAUCCCAACCAAGAGAGAACAUUUUUACCAGCUACUGUGGGCUAAUAAGCAUGUUACUGGGACUCUAUGUGCAGUGUUUUGGUCAUUUGGUAUGUGUGUUGCAUUCUUGGGACCUGUCUUGUUCGAUUUGGGGUGCAAAACUGACACUGUAUUCGCAACCAUGUCUUGGGUCUUCUUUAGUCAAUCUCUAUUUGUUCUUCUGGGUUCCGCUAUAGGAGGAAUUCUUGUCCAAAGGAUAUCUCACUAUGCUUUGUUAGUGCUGAGUAUCACCAUGAUGUGCAUAACAAUGGCUAUCAUUCCCUUCUGUAAAGUGCUCUGGAUUCUGGCCUUUGUUCUAGCAGUUAUGGGAUUUUUUAUGGGCACAAUUGAUACAGUGGCUAACGUUUGCAUGAUUAGAAUAUAUGGAAAAGAUGUAUCUCCAUUUUUACAGGCUCUACAUUUCUUUUACGGUCUUGGAGCUUUUAUUAGUCCUCUGAUUGCUCAACCUUUUCUACUGAAUGAAGAUUGCUCUCCUUUCAUCGACAAUACUUCAGUUCCAGCUCAUAUAUUGGAUGAAGACGAGCCUUUACCAGCUGCCAAUUUGGAAGAAGCUCAGAAAAUGACUCACAUCGACAAUGCAUUCUGGAUCAUGUCGGCUCUUAUGGUAAUAUCAAAACAUCGAAGGGUGCCAAAAGUGCUGUAAUAUAAAAUGAGCUGCAGUUAACUUAAGAAUCCAAAUGUAUCAAUAAUUACUGACUAUAUUCGAAAAAACGUUGAUACCAUUUAGUUCCGAAUGCAGCAAAGUGCAGAUCAAUAAUAAUUCAUUGCAGUGGUAUCACACUGAAAUUGCAUGCAGACCGAAAUGCAGCUGACUGGCCAGAAAUACUUUUUUAAUAUUUAAAUAAAAAUAAAAUAAUAAAUUAAACCGUUAUUUUUUUAAUUUACUAAAGUUUAAUUUAUUUUACUAAUUACUUAUCAAAACAUACAUAACAAUAAUAAUAACAACGCAAGAGAAAUAUUUAAAUUUGUAUUAUUUUCUCUCUGAAAUCUAAAGGUUCGUCUGCAAGAAAUUUCUGUCCGUUAUAAUUUGUAAGUGAGGCGUGUUGAAAGCUUAAAAUUAAAUUUUCUGGCCGUCAUUUUAUAAUUAUAUUCAAAUAAUUCUAAGGUACCGAAUUAAAUACUGAGUAACCUUACUUUGAACUUGAACAAAAAUAAACAAAUUAUGAAAACGUCCCAAAUGUUCAGAGAAAAAUUCUCAGGUGGAUAAAAACUUGAAAAUAAAUAAUGGCAAGCUAUUCUUUUAUUUGUUAAAUUUUACAACGACACAUACAGAAAAAAUACAUAUGUUUUUAUCCAUAUAAUUAUAAAUUUACUCAUUUAUGGCAGCAACUUGACAUCUGAGGACGUUUCGAUUCUGAUAAAGUUUGUACCGUUGAAGAAAAAUAAAUCAAACUAUUUGAUCACUGAUUGUAGAUGUUCAUAGAUCAAUUAAUUUCUUUUCCUAGAUUAAUGCUCAACUGAAAAAUAAACUUUUCGCAUAUAUGCAGUCUCAAACCAAGAGAUUAUUCUUAU